AUGGUCCUCUUUCCAAGCCACCAAGCGGCUACCAUCUCCCGUCAUGUUGGGCCCGUCCACUGCGUAACUUACAGCUCCGGCGCCGGUCAAUACAUCCUAACCGGCGGUCAAGACCGUAAAAUCCACCUCUUCAACUCCUCCACCACCAGUCACAUCCAAACCUACGACGCCCAUGGCUACGAAAUCCUCAGUCUAGCCGUCUCCCCCGACAACUCCCGCUUCGCAUCCGUAGGCGGUGAUAAAACCGCUUUCCUCUGGGACGUUGCCACCGCAAAAACCCUGCGACGGUUUACGGGUCAUUACGCUAGAAUCAAUACAUGUGGGUUUAAUCAAGAUGCUAGUAUUCUUGUUACGGGAAGUUUUGAUUCGACGGUUAGAUGUUGGGAUACGAAGAGUAAUGCGAGUAAACCGGUGAUGGUUUGGGAUGAGGCGAAGGAUAGUAUUACUUCUUUGACGGUUGGGGAUGGAGAGGUUAUUACGGCUUGUGUGGAUGGGAAGUUGAGACGGUAUGAUUUGAGGAUGGGGCAGAUUUAUGUGGACGUUAUUGGACAUCCGAUCACGAGUGUUACGGAAACGCUGGAUGGGAAUGCGGUGUUGGUUUCUAGCUUGGAUGAAACGAUUCGGUUGAUGGAUAGAACUAGUGGAGGGUGUUUGAUGAGUUACAAGGGGCAUAAGAAUAAAGAGUAUAGGAUUUCAAGUACGUUUGCUAUGGUGGAUAGCUAUGUGGUUAGUGGGAGUGAGGAUGGGACGGUUUGGGCUUGGGAUAUUUUGGAGGGGAAGAAUGUGGUUAAGGAGACGGCGCAUGCUGGGAAAGUUAUCAGUACUAUUGCGGUACAUGAUGGGAGGAGGGAGAUGGUUACUGCUGGGGUUGAUGGGACGGUGGUUAUUUGGAGGACUGAGUAG